AUGGGUUUCUAUCCUCUUACUGGUUCAUCUAUUUAUCUACUUGGAAGUCCGUCUUUCGAUCGUGUUACAAUUCAUCGUAAUGAUGGUCAAUGUAAAUUAACUAUCAUUGCUCAUAAUAAUUCACCUGAAAAUAUUUAUGUUCAACGUGUAGUACUCAACGGAAAAACUUUAUCAACAUUUCCAUUCAUUGAUCAGGUCAAUCAUCUUAAAUGUUCAACUAAAUCACCAUCAGUUCAGCUUGACUUUUUUAUGUCAUCUACAUCAUCAUAA